UAGAUCAACAAAAUUUAGAACAGAAAAUAGAAGAAAUGAUAUUUUCAAAGACAAGUGAAAUACAUAAUUUUUUAACUGAAACCUUUUGUAAAGACAAUUUAUUAAAUGAAAUUGAGGUGUACUAUUUACUUAGGAGACUUCUAAAUAUUAAUAAUAAAUAUACGGCUAACAAAGAUAAUAUAAAUAUCAUAAAUGAUAUAUGGAGGAGCUCUAUCAAUCAAUUCAAAGAACAAACCUUUUCAUCACAUAAACAGGCAUUGUUUUUCCUAUUAAUAAUGUUCAGAGAAGAAAGUUCACUAGAAGCGAUAGAAUUGUUUCAUUUAUUAGGCCGAAUUCAAUUUAUCAAUAAUAUAUUAAACCCGAAUGCCAUUUCUGAUAACAUAAAAAUAUGGGAACAGACCUUGAAGACUUGUAGGAAGCAAUCCAUUCCUGUAUUUAAAGACGGGGAAGAAUUUUUAAAACAGCUUUUUUAUAGUGAUAAACUUAAUACAAAUGAGUUUUUAGAGCUAAUAUAUAGAUUUCAAAAAUAUGAAAAAGAACAGUUAGGGCAGUGA